UCAAAUAAAUUGAGUGGACUCAUCCCAUACAAUGUACAACCCUCUCUUCUUCUUCUUUUCAAGCACCGUAUAAAAUAAGAAAUGGCUUCCAACUUCAAGGUUGUCCAGGAGGUUGAUGUGAAUGGGCAUAAGAUCACCAAAUUCAGAUCCAACAAGACUGGACUAAGCGUCGUUCAUGUCGAUAACGAAGGACCUAUUGUCAAUGGCUACUUUACUCUGGCGACUGAGUCCUUCGAUGACGAUGGCUGUCCUCACACCCUGGAACACUUCGUCUUCCUUGGCAGCGAGUUGUAUCCGUAUAAGGGUGUCCUCGAUGGCCUCGCGAACCGCGCCUUGGCUAACGGGACGAAUGCAUGGACCGAUGUCGAUCAUACCGCAUACACCAUUGCCACCGCCGGAAGCGAGGGAUUCUUGAAUAUCAUGCCCAUCUACAUUGAUCAUAUCUUGUAUCCCACGAUGACCGAAGCUGCUUAUUACACUGAGAUCCAUAACGUCAACGGCGACGGUGAGAACGCCGGUGUUGUGUACUGCGAGAUGCAAGGACGCGAGAACAGCGCAUCAUCUAUCAUGGAUCUUCGCCGUCAGCGCACUAUGUACCCAGAAAACUCGGGAUAUCGCUACGAAACGGGCGGUCUGAUGUCGUGCCUUCGUUCUCUCAAGGCCGAAAAAAUUCGUCAAUACCACCGCGAUUACUACCGUCCCGACAACCUGUGCCUCAUUAUCUCUGGACGAGUUGACCAUCAAAAACUCUUGGACGCCCUUGAUCCGGUCGAGGAGCGCAUCAUCUCUAAGGGGCCACUCCCCCCAAUGAAGAGACCCUGGGUUGAUUCUCCUCAGGCCCCACUUAUGAGCAAGACUACCAAGGCAACUGUCACCUUCCCCUCAGAGGAUGAGGAUAUGGGCGAGGUGGCGAUCAACUGGUUCGGCCCUCCAAUCACUGACUUUCUAACAUUCCAAGCAUUGGACAUCAUCGAGACGUAUCUCACGGACUCGGCUGUGGCUAUCUUGAGAAAGGAGAUGGUGGAGAUCGAGGAUCCUUACUGCACAUCGAUCGACUUUCGAACUUCUCAGCGUAUUCGCGUGGAGAUCCAGCUGAGCUUUGACAGCGUUCCAACCGAGAAAUUGGAGGAGGUGGAGCCGAAGUUCUUCUCAAUUAUCGAGAAGAUUGCUCAGGAGGGCUUCGACAUGGAACGCAUUGCCGCGGUCAUCAAGCGGGAGAAGCUUAAGCUGCUCGAUCGUCUUGAGACCGACCACAUGACUCUAGCCUGGCCUUGUCUAAUCCACUUUUUGUACGGAAAGGAGGACGACAGUGAUCUGGCUGAUUUCACGAACGAUUUGGACAACCUGGAUGCAGUUGCCAAGUUUGACAAUGCCACCUGGAUCAAGUAUCUCCGCGAGUAUUACAUUGACUCAAAGAGAGCAACCAUUAUUGGCAAGCCUUCUGCAGCUCAUGCCGCCAAGCUGGCUGAAGAUGAGGCCAAGCGCAUUGAGGAACAGCGAGAGCAGCUCGGCCCAGAAAAGCUGAAGGAGCUGGAAGAGGAACUGCAGAAGCACAGAGCCCAAAAUGACAUCCCUGUUCCAGCAGAGAUUUUUGAUAACUUCCCUAUCCCUAGCGCCAAGGGCAUUGAGAUGAUCGAGGUCCUUACUGGACGCAGCCAGCCUAGCUCUAAUUUCAACAACGAGAUUCAGAAACACUUGGAUAACGAUGCCUCCAAGAUUCCUUAUUUUAUUGAAUUUGAUCAUAUCAAAUCCGAGUUUGUGGAACUCACGCUGUUCUUCACCUCGACGGAGCUGCCACCAAGACUCCGCCCUUACUUGGAUAUCUACUUUGAGUCGUUCUACUCGCUGCCCCUGGUUGAUCCCGCCACUGGCAAGGAGACCCACUUUGAGGACGUUGUCAGGAUGUUGGACAAUGACACCGUCAGCCGCGGAUGCGGCGCUGGCGUGUCUAAUGCGUUUCGUCAGCUCGCCUUGGUCGUGCUGAAGACUGAGCGCGCCAAGUACAGCGAGGGCAUUGCUUGGUUGAACAAGAUGACUUGGAACACUCGCUUCGAUGCGGAUCGUCUGAAGGUGAUUGCUACCAAGCUGCUGAACGAUAUCCCUGGCCAGAAGCGCGAUGGAGCAAGGAUGUCUAGAGCCUGCAUGGAUGUCAUUGCGUAUGAUCAUGACAACUCCAACACUGCGGCUUUAAACGUGCUGGAACAGGCCAAGUUUUUGCCUGACGUGAUCAAGCAGCUGGAGCAGGAGCCUGAAGCAGUCAUCAAGGCCAUGAUAGAGCUCCGCGAAAUUCUAACCCAUCCCGCCAAUAUUCAUAUCCAAGUCCAAGGCAACAUCUUGAACCAGAAUGAACCCAAGACCGCCUGGGCCAAGAACUUUGGGCUCAAGAACGCAGCUACCACCCUGGCCCCCAUCCCCUUCUCGAGCCAGGUGUGGAGUGAGGCUGGCAAGGCGCCUGGAAUGAAGGGCUAUGUGGUCAACAUGCCCUCAAUCGAAAGCUCUUUUGCCUCUCAUGUGGCACGCGGUCCAACUGAAUUCCUGGAUCCCGACUAUCCCGCCCUGCUGGUACUGUCUGAGUGUUUGGAUACGCUUGAGGGACCUUUCUGGAAACAGCUCCGUGGAAGCGGCGCCGUUUACGGUGCCAACCUCCGCGUCGAUAUUGAGUCAGGCUUCCUCUCAUUCACGAUCUACCGCUCUCCUGACGCCUUGAGGGCAUACAACCUCGCCAAAAAAAUCGUCGAUGACUAUGCCUCUGGAAAAUCCAAGUUCACGAAGCAGGAGCUCGAGGGUGCCAAGGCUAGUAUUGUGUACAGAAUCGUUCGCAAGGAGGAGACCAUUUCUUCGGCCGCCACCGAGUCCUUUGUCAACCAAGUCCUGAAGAAGGUCUCGGCCAACUAUAACAAGGAGUUCUUGGAACGCGUCCAGUCUGUGACUCCUGGACAAAUGCAGCAUGCCAUGGACAAGUAUCUCAGCAAGGUGUUCCAACCUGAGACCUCGCUCGUCGUGGUUACCAGCGCCACGACCAAGGUCAAGGACAUCUCGGAGGGCUUUAAAAGCAUUGGAUUCCAGUUGGAGACUAAGAAUAUUGACGAUAUUUAAAUGUGUUACAGGCUAGAUGUUUGUUCGGAUAGUUCACACUGAUAAA